AUGGAUUCUUCGCCGGUUUCGGGUCGAUUCGAUAUCUUCGAGAUAUAUCGAAGAUUUUGCGACAUUCGAUCAGGUCAACAGUUAAUUAACUAUAAACCAGGCGAGGAAUCACAAAGAGCUAACAACUCUUCAAAAGAAGCAUUAACACAGCUCUUACUUCUAGUUGAGAAGAAUUUUCAAGCAAGGAACUCCAUUUUUGAUGAAUUAUUCAAGUUGAUGUCACGGCUGGACUUGAUGGUGGACUUUGCCGAGUUUACCCGCUUUUAUGAUUUUGUUUUCUUUAUGUGCCGAGAGAAAGGACAGAAGAAUUUAGCUGUAGGUAGAGCUAUAACCGCAUGGAAACUAGUUUUGGCUGGGAGAUUUAGGCUACUUAACCGCUGGUGUGACUUCAUCGAGGAAAACCAACGGCACAAUAUUUCAGAGGAUACUUGGCAACAAGUCUUGGCUUUUAGUCGUUGUGUACAUGAGAAUCUUGAAGGUUAUGAUUCUGAAGGUGCUUGGCCUGUCCUCAUUGAUGACUUUGUCGAGCAUAUGUACAGCGUUUUAGGACCGAAUAAGACGGACACUAGCUCGUCCUGUAACUGUGGCGACACAGAAUCUGAAUCAUGCCUCUAUGAAGAUCCACUUUCAGAUGGGCAUCACAAAGUUUAUCCUCGCUGCCACACUGGUUUAAGAAGUGUUCCAGGUUUAAAGAGAAAAAUGUCUCAUGACGAUGACGAAGAAGAAGAAGAAGAAGAAGAAGAUGAACAAGUAUCAGAAGCUCAAAACUCAUAUUCGUCGCCAUACUUGAAAAGAUUCAGAUGCGACGACAGUCCAAAAUGUUCAUCCAAGUCGGCUUGUGCUAUUGAGCGAAGUCUCUCGCAAGGUUUUGCGAGUCUUUUAUCGACUGGAGAUAAGGCGUGA